CUUAGCUUUUCAAAUCCCUAAAUCCAAUUCGGCCUCCGAUUCUCUCAAACCAUGCCUACCUGCGCCUCCUGCAACUCCAACUCCCUCUCUGCCGACACCUCCUCCGGCCGACUCUGCUGCUCCGACUGCGGCCUCCUCCAAGACUUCGACAACUUAGUCGACGUCUACGGCGGCGUCUCCGGCCCCACCGGCACCUUCAUCCGCCUCGGCACCUCCGGCGAGGGCACCAACUACCAGUACCGCGAAACCAAGAUCUACGAGGCCAACAAACUCAUCGAUGACGUCACUCUCCGGCUCAACCUCGCGCCGUCGCGCGGCGACGAGAUCAAGGCCAUGAUCGGGCGGAUCACGGAAGGUGAGUUCGGGCAAGGUAACUGGUUCAAUGUAUUGAUCGGCGCUUGUGCUUAUGUUAUUAUGAGGAAGGAUAGUAAGUCAUUGCCGAUCGCCGAGGUCGCGGCGGCGAUCGGCUGCGACGAUUAUGAGCUAGGUAGGAUGAUAAUGCGUGUUGUUGAUUUCUUAGAGCUGAAGAAACCUGAUUUUCCUGAGUUUGAUAUUGUUAGAUUGUUUGAACGGACGUUGCGAAAUUCGAGGAGGUUUUCGAGUUUAGGAGGGAGUGUGAGGGAGAGGAUGAGGAAGCAGGGGAUUUUUUUGGUGCAAUGUUGUAUUAAGUGGUUCUUGACGACUGGCCGGAGGCCGCUGCCGGUGGUGGUGGCGGUUUUGGUGCUGGUGGCGGAGUUGAAUGGAAUCGGAGAUGUUAGUAUUCAGGAGUGUGCGAAGGAGGUGAAUGUGGUUGUUAAUACGUGUAGGUUGAGGUAUCGGGAGCUAUUGGAGGCGCUUGUGAAGGCGGCGCAGGUGUUGCCAUGGGGGAAGGAUGUUAAUGUUAAAAAUGUGCUGAGGCACGCACCGACUGUGAUUCAGUAUAUGGAGAAGAAGUGUAUGUUGGAGCCUAGAGGGAGGAAGGACUGCGAGGGUGGUGGUGGGAUUGAUUUGAGAGAUGUUGUUAGAGAGUGUUUGGGGAGAAAUGGGGAUGAGGAUGAGUGUGCGACAGAAGUGGAAGAGUUGAAGAAAGUUUUGAAUGAUUCUCUGGGGAGGGAUAAGAUGAAGCUUUCGCAUGAAUGCUUGGCCAUGGUUUACUCGAAAUCUUUAGAUGAGAUGGAGAGUUGUAAGUCCUCUGGUGGGUUUGGAGCAGUUCACGAAAGGGAAGAGAGGCAGUAUUUUGAUCCCCAUGAUUGCACCGAGUGGUGGAAUGGGAAGUCGGAAUUAAGCAAGAAGCUGAUGCUUAAGAAUAUUCUGGAGAAAGAUGUAGGCUUGGAUCCUAUGCCGCCGUCUUAUGAUAAGGGUCUCAAGGCCUGUAAGAGAAGGAGGGAAAGGAUAAAUGCUGCCAAACAUCGAAUUCAUAAGAUUAUGCAUCCAUCAAAAGCUCAUUCAGAUGCUUGCAUUUCAGAAGAUGCUCAGACUGGAAGAAAAAGAAAAAGAAAGAAUACUCUUGAUUGGGAAGAUUUAAUUAUUGAAACCCUCCUCCUUCAUCAAGUAAAAGAAGACGAGAUUGAGAAGGGGUGGUAUAAUAACUUAUUAGAUUUGCAUGUAUUCAACUCAGGAGUUGUGUAAGGCUUCUGGUAUGGUCAAACUGAUAUUGGUGCAAUGUGCUUCCGUGCCACGGCACUGCAUGAUCCAAGAGUAUUUUUGUCUGUUUGAAUUCAUCACACAUCACUUGAAUUGCAAUGUUACACAUGUUUGGUCUCGUAAUGAGGCACCAUUCUUUUGUAUGAAUAGUUAUUUAUCAAGAAAUGAAUUCAUUUGUCUCCAUAGUCGCCUAUUGAUGGAAGAGAUUCUUGUGUCCGACAUGCU